AAAUGAAAGACCAGUCCAUUUGAAGGCCAAACCGUGUAAUUAUUUGGAUAUUUAUUACCCAGCCCGGUUGAUUAAGCGCUCCCUCGCCGCCACUAGAUUCUUGAUUUCAUGUCUACAAAGUUUCUUGCAGCAACAACAGUGACAACGAUAGACAAACAAAUAUUCUAUCAGUGACAUAAUUUGGAUUUGAAGAAGUAAGAGUGUAAGACCAGUGAAUCUAACUCCUUUUCUCCAAUGUUAUUUUGUGGUAUUAUUUGAAUACUAUACUGGUUUGUUUGUUUUGUUUUUUUUGGUCUCUAUAGUAUCAAGAAAGUCUCAAUUUCAUUUUUUUUUUUUUAACUAAAAGAAUGAUGAGAGGUGUCAAAGUUAGCACCUUUAUACAUGCUAUUAGCUUCUGUAAAAGAUAUAGUCACUUUGAAUCCAAACCCCAUUUGCGUUUUGGUUCUUUAGACUCACCAGUUAAAGCUAGUGUUGGAAUUUUCUGGGAUUUGGAUAACAAACCGCCUAAGUCUUUUCCACCAUUUGAUGCUGCCACAAAGUUAAAGAAAGCAGCUGGGGAGUUUGGGGCAGUGAGAUUUACAGUAGCUUAUGCUAAUCGACACGCGUUUAGUUAUGUUCCUCCUUUAGUUAGACAGCAAAGAAAAGAACAAAAAACGUUGAAUUCGUUGGAAAAUCGUGGGGUUGUUAAGGUAGAGGACCCUUAUAUAUGUAGAGUUUGUGGGAGGAGAUUUUAUAGUAAUGAGAAGCUUGUUAAUCAUUUUAAGCAAAUUCACGAACGUGAGCAUACGAAAAGGAUGAAUCAGAUAGAUUCGUCUAGAGGGAAAAUGAGGGUGAAGUUGGUGGCUAAGUAUGCAAUGAAGAUGGAUAAGUAUAAGUAUGCUGUUAAGGAUGUUUUGACUCCGAAAGUUGGGUAUGGUUUGGCGGAUGAAUUAAAACGAGCGGGUUUUUGGGUUAGGACUGUGUCGGAUAAGCCACAAGCUGCUGAUAUCGCGUUGAGGAAUCAUCUAGUUGAUGUAAUGGAUAAGAGGAUGGUGGAUUAUGUGGUUCUUGUGUCUGAUGAUUCUGAUUUUGUGGAAGUGUUGAAGGAGGCGAGGUUGAGGUGUUUGAAGACCGUGGUUGUUGGUGAUACCAAUGACGGUACUCUUAAGAGGACAGCUGAUGCUGCUUUCUCGUGGCAGGAGAUCAUGAUGGGAAAGGCCAAGAAAGAAGCUGUAUCGGUUGUUGGCCGGUGGAAGGACCGAGAUGUUCUGAAGAGAUUGGAGUGGACCUAUGAUCCAGAGAUAGAGAAAAAGACGUAUUACUCUGAAGUUGAGAGUGAUGAUUCUGAUGGAUUCUUUUCUGGGGAAGAUGAUAAAGAGGAUGUUGGUGCUUCUGUCUUGAAGGAAGAUGGUGGUGCAUGGUGGAAGCUGGACUCUCGUUCAGGACAUGAUUGAUGCAGCAGCUGAUUGCCGGCUUCAGCUUCAUUCUUAUAAAAAGGAGAUAUGAACUGGUGAUUCCACUAAAAUUUCCAUGCUCAGAAGGCUUUUCUAAAGUUGAGGCCAACACUGCUGUAAGUUCUUAGUGAAGGAUGGAAAGAGAUGCUGGAAUACCUUUUUAAGUAACUUAGCUGCCAACAUUACUGUGUUUUUUUAAACUAUUAUAGAAGCGUGGGUUUAGCAUAGGAUCGACAUGUUUGCUUCAAUUAGCAGAUGGCAUUUUAGUCAUUGUUUUUCUUGAGCUUUUCCAUACGUGGCCACUCCAUGCUCCCUCCAUUCCAGGUGGCUUUUACUACAAAAAACAUAUCAUCAGUCCAGAACAUUCAAUUGUUUCAUCUCUUGUUUCUUCAUUCCUCUCAGAAACCCUCCUCUUUCAAUUUUUGUGCAAAUCUUCAUCUUCUUUACUUUCCUUGGUUUUUUGGGUUCUCUUCAGAGUUCCAAUUUCAUAGCUAUCAUUGUUCAGUCUUUUGGAACUCCAGCUUUGCUCCAUCAAGGUAAUUGCAUACUGCUAUCUAUUUUGUCUUGGUCAUUCUUUAUUUUUAUCACGUAAUUGUUAUUGUAUUUUGGGUGGUCAUAUGACUUGUGGUUGUAAAUUAUAGAUGUGACUGUGUUAUUAAUAAGCAAAGAAUCCUUAUUAUGCAGUAACGAUCUAUGUUUGAGAAUUUUCUGUGCAUUUAAAACGUGUGAAGUGUUUUGUGUUGUCUGCAGAGGAGAUACGCAGGGCCUGUUAUCACAAGGAUUCGGAACAAGUGGCUGGGUUGGAAAGCAUAAUAGCUAAGCCAGGAAUUCUAGAUAGAUGAGCUAGCAACUUUAUCGGAUUCGCGUGCUCCUUCCAUCACUAGGAUCCAUACAGUGAGAAGGAUGUAUUAGCAAGGAGGGCGAAAAUGUUGCAACUGGAAAGGAAUCAAAUGCUCGAGUUCAGGUCAUGUUGUAGUUGUGGAUCUCCGGAAUCCUAAUCCGGAUGAAGUCCUAAUCAAUGUUAAUAAGGAACUUGUUCCAGUUACUAACAACACAUCCAAUUUUGCUCUUAAAGGUACUAUAUCUCCAUUUCUCUUCACUCUUAACCAUAUGCAACAUCUCGACCUGAGUUUCAACAACUUCAUGCUCUCAAAACUACCUACUGAGAUAUCAAACUUAACAAAGUUGACUUAUCUCAAUCUGUCGAAUGCCAUGUUUCAAGAUUCAAUCACCACGCAAUUCUCAAACCUUACAUCUCUAAGGACUCUUGAUCUUUCAUGUGCUAAUUUAGUAGUCAAUUUGUCUUCUAUUUCUAUUAGCUUGACAUUACCACCAAAGUUGGAUUUUGGCUCAAUGUCAUCUUUUAUCAGAUAUGGUCGGCUAUCCAGUCCAAAUCUGAGGUGGUUAGAAGGGUUCCCAGGUCUCAGAUAUCUAGUAUUGACAGGUGUUGAUCUAUCAAAGGCAUCCGAAUCAUUUGUUUGGGCUAAACCAAUAUCAAGUCUUUCAAAUCUCGUGUCACUUCAAUUGUCCUACUGCAACAUUUCAGGAAGAAUUCCGAUAGGGAAAUUAUUAACCUUACUAAUCUUUCUAUUCUAGAAAUGGGUUCUAACGUUCUAACAUCUCCGAUACCUGAUUUGCUAUGGAACCUCACACGUCUCUCAGCUCUUGAUUUUAGUGGCAAUGAUUUAGAUGGUCAUAUCCCUUACCUUCCUCAACUUGAAAAACUUUCUGUUUCUAGCAAUCCUGCUAUGAGCAUAGAUCUUGUUUCAAUGUUUUCAGCUCCAUGGUCAAAGUUGACAUUUCUUGACAUAGGCUUCACUCGGGUAGGUGGAACGAUUCCUCCUUCUUUAAGCAACUCAACUUCAUUAACCUUUUUCCGAGCUGAUGGAUGCUUGAUCCAAGGGUCGAUACCUUCUUCAGUUACAAAACUUAAGAAAUUAAGUAUACUGUUGCUAAAUGAUAACAAUAUCACAGGCCAACUUCCUGUAUCCAUGCCCAGUUUAAUAAGCCUUCAAUACUUAUCUCUGUUCCAGAAUAGUUUAAAAGGGUCUGUUCCAAUUUCGAUCUGUCAAAUCCACUCCCUGAAGUACUUGAAUUUAGAAUGGAAUGAGCUAACAGGACGUCUUCCCUCGUGCAUACUUCAGCUUCCUAAGCUUUCAUAUCUUUAUGUUCAGAAGAAUAACCUGAAUGGGAAUAUGCCACUGUCUUUGUUCCAGAAGUCAAGAUUGAAUCAAAUUAGUUUAGGAGCUAGCGGAUUGUCAUUGGAAAUUGACGACCAAGAUCAACACUCUGCGCAAACUUUCCAGCCCACAAUGUUGGAAUUUAGGUCUUGCAACAUGAGAGGAGAAAUCCCACAGUUCUUUUCAAAUUUGACGAGCCUCAUUAUUUUAAAUUUGGCUAACAACAGUUUAUCAGGAGCAAAACCAUACUGGUUGUUCAAUCUCCCUGCCCUCUCUGUACUGGACUUAUGUGUGAAUAACUUCAAGGGAGUUAUACCUCCGGUGAUUCAACUGAAAUCUUCUCCUUAUCCAACAAUAAUAAAUUUAGCCAGAAACAAACUUCAUGGUUCUAUCCCUUCUCAGCUCGAGAAUGUUAAUGUCAUCGAUUUGUCACUUAACAAUUUCGUAGGCUCAAUUCCAACA